GCAAAGAUGGCAAGGCUGAAGCAAGCAAAGGAAGAGGCUGAGAAAGAGAUUGCUGAAUACAAGGCUAAAACUGAGCAAGACUUCCAGAGGAAGCUUGAGGAGACAAGUGGAGACUCGGGUGCGAAUGUGAAGAGGCUGGAGCAAGAGACUGAUGCUAAAAUCGAACAGCUGAGGAACGAAGCUUCCAGGAUUUCCAAUGAUGUUGUGGAGAUGCUCCUCAAACACGUCACCACAGUGAAGAACUGAAAGUAAAAAAGAGAGAAACAAGGAUCUUCGCAAUGUUUAUCUGUCUCACUCUCUCAAGCGUGUGGUGUUUGUGGAUGGGAUCUCAAGAGACUAAUUUCAUUGUGUUGCUAUUAUCGGUUUUUGUUGUUGUUGUAAUUUCUUAUCUUUCUUUCUUUGUCUACUACUACUAUCUUUAUGCUGUUGUUGUUGUUGUAUUCAUCAAUAUAAGAUUGUAAUAAAAUUGAGAGCAGAUGAAGAAACUUAGCUGCUGGAUUAGUUGUUGUCUAUUAUAAACUCUUUUAAAUUAAUUAAAAAAAAGAGAGAUUAAGUUAUCC